AUGGAUCCAAUCUCUCCGACGUCGACCGUGUCGUCUCCGUCCCUCACGGCUACUUCCACUUUCCAGAGUGAGCACUUUUCUGCCACCUCUCCAAAUGCUAUGCCUCCAAUUCCAGCCUCUUCCUCCAUCACCCCUUCUGGGUUUUCAAACGAAUCUCCCGACUCUCCAGAAAACCGCCAAUCUAUUAGCGGCACUAAUAGUAACAAUAACAAUAGUAAUAACAAUACCAAUACCAAUAACAACAAUAAUAAUAUCAACAAUGCAUCGGGAUUUACUCCCUCUCCGUCUCAUGUUCAAGUAGAAUCUUCUGCUUAUCUUCUUGAAGAACCUAAUCUUCGUGAAGUCAUGCUCUCCGAUGUCGGAGUUGACUCUCUUUUGGCCCGUCUUAAACAGAGCUACCUCACAGCAACAAACAUUGCUACGUACCUCAAGAAACGCGCAGGCUAUGAGUCGGCCCGCAUCCAAGACUUAAAGCGUCUUUCCAAAUCCACCCACGAUUCCAUCCGUCGCUCCGACUACCGCCAGGGCACCUUUGUGCGCCAAUUUGGUGAAUUUCUUAACUUUGAAGACCGCCUAGUGGAUUCUUCCCAGGCCUUCCUGACAGCCAUCCAGUCCAUGUAUGAAGAACUUAACGAGCUUUCUAAGGCAAUCCACAAAUCCCGCAAAACUGUCAAAGAUACUGCUCUUCGUCACGAACGGACCCUUGUCGAAGCCGAACAAAAUGCAGAAAAAGCUAAAUCAAAAUACUAUGGCCUUUGUGAAGACAUGGAGAAGCUCAAGGACCCUACAAAAACCAAGCUCUUCAAGUCUAAAAACAACCCACAACACGAACAAGAGCUCCAAACAAAAAUCAAUGCUGCAGAACAAGAGUACCGCUCAAGAGUCGAUGCCGUCCACAAGCUCCGUAGAGAACUCAUCCAUACCCACCGCCCACAGUUCAUCAAGGACCUCAAGGACUACAUUCUCGAGUGUGACGCAGGUAUUACUGUUCAGCUCCAAAAACUUUCUACUCUUAACGAAACCCUUCUUCUUCAACAGGGUUUCAUUGUGUGUCCUCUAAAACCUGCAGGUUCAACAACUGCCCCACUCAGCCUCAAGGAAGUCGUGGCUAAAAUCGAUAACGAUUUGGACUUUUAUAACGAUAUUUUAAAGAUCCGCAACUCAAAAACCCUUAACCGCCCAGAAGUUAAUUUUGUCCAGCAUCGCUAUAUGACGGCCUUUUUAAAAUCACCAGCCCCAAUCUCAUCAAUCUCUUCAACUUCUACAAACCAACAAUCGCUUAAAAACACUGGAACAACUUCUCAGUUUAAUGCUCUUAACCCACCCUCGUCCCAAAAUAACAAUUCUGCAAUUUAUUCUAAAGAUGUGACCCCUGAAAAUAACAACAACAACAACAACAACAACAACAACUUUGGGCAAAGAAAUUCAGGAGGUCAGUCAAUGCUCUCUGCUGGAGCCGCAACAGCUGCCAUUGGUGCAACCGUUGGAGCAGCUGUAACAAAAACUGUUGCUUCUGACUCUACUACUUCACCAAAUUCCUUUUCACACACCUACCCCACCUCUUCAAGCAUGCUUUACCCAGAUAAUUCAAAGGAUUCCUCACAAUCCUAUAAUGAUCAACAAACUAUACCAAUACCAUCUCCUACAACUCUACCCAAUCACAACAACAACAACAACAACGGCUCUACUACUACAUCUGGCCAUACCCCUAUCCCAAUGCCAUCUUUCCCUUCUUCCCCAACUCAACAGGAAACUUUAUACCCAACAAGUACAUCCCCUUCACUUCCACCUGCAGGAACUUCCUUCAGCAACGGAUCUUUUACAACUGCAGAAUCCACUACCUCUCCAGGAAACUACGUCCCAACAUUUGGGUCCUCACUUGAUGAUUUAAUUGCCUACGAAAAUCCUCCAGUUUCCAGCCCAAUUCCGCGCGUGGUGCUCAAGUGUGUGGCAGCAAUUAGUUCCUUUGGAAUGGGAAUUGAGGGUAUUUAUCGGAUUGCAGGAGACCCUACUCAAAUCGAGACCUUGCGCCGCAUGUUUGACGAAGACUCAUCUGCAGUCGACCUCAACAACCCUUCCCAAUACGGCAUCAACGAUAUCCAUGCCGUCUCAGGAACUCUCAAGCUCUACUUCAAGCAGCUGCCGGACCCUCUUCUCACUAGUCUUUUCCACAAAAACCUCAUUGAUGCUGCAACUAUUGAUUCGGACAAUGCUCGCCGCGAAGCCAUCCACACUAUUGUUAACCAGCUUCCUGAUAAUAACUACUCAGUCCUUAAGUUUAUUGCUCUUCAUCUUAACAAGGUCGCCCAGCACGAGGCUCAAAACCGCAUGUCUAUUUCUACCCUUAGUAACAUGUGGGGUCCUGUUCUUAUGCACUCCGGAUCUCCCGAUAUCAAUGAUAUGGCUCUCAUGGGUCGUGCAGUUGAAACCAUUCUCUUCUUUUGUGAAGAAAUUUUUGAAUAUGAUGAUGAGUUUUUUGAAGGAAUUGGAUUUCAAAUUUAA